GCUCAUUGCCCCUCGCUCUCGGCGGACGAAGAGAGUUCGGCGCGCGCUUGAAAUUCCCCCAUGGCUCGGCCAACAUUCCAGCGCGCACCCACGUGGGACGAUCCAAACAUGGAAGAAGUUAGGAACGGUGCAGCUGAGGAAAAUCAGGGAAAAUGGAGAGCUCAGCUUCCCCGCUCCCUCGAGUCCCCGGUGGCCUAGAUUUUACAUUUGCAGCGUUGGGUUUCGCGUCUCACGACGGCUUGGCUGUCUGCAGCACCCACGGUCUGCAAAGACGGACUAUGCCGACGUCGUUGCUGACGGAUAUGGCCUCUCCCACAUCCCGGAGCCACGGAGUCUCUCAAAGGUCAAAUGCUGCAUAGGACCUAAGCUUGCUGCGGACAGCCGAGUCGUCGUAACAGCGCGGAGCCGCGAACCCAACGCAGGAGGCAGACCUGCCCGGCCGUGGGGGAACGCGUAUGUAUGUGGCUUGAGAAGGCUGCUGAUUCUGGACGAGAACUGUUAUCCAAGCCCAUCGCAGCGGAAGCCAAGAAGAAUUGUUAAUGAAAGAUAAGGUUAUUCAUUCUUAAAAGUUUAUCGCCAAGCGAGCAUUGCUGCCAUUGCACGACAGGUAAAGCAGAGUUUACAUGUCCGCGCCCCUGACAUGCCAAUGAUAUCAGAGACAUGCUGUGCGAGUGCUGAUCAUUCACAUUCGACGAGGGCCUGCUUUGCCAGCUUCAGCACAUCAACCAAGCAACCUUUGACACGGAGGGUGGUGAUCCAGCCACUGACGAGGGGCUCAAGAUGAUCUGGAAUGCAGAUGUUUUGGGCGAUCAGGGGCAGACGGGCAAAAUGAAGGGUGUUGGCGGCUGGGCAGCGGGAGCGGCAGCGUGUUUUCCUUUUCUUCUUCUUCUUCCUCUCAGCCUUCUCUCAACUCGACCGUCACCCCGGGGAGCCUCACGAAAAAGUUUGCAUGAAAGCGUCGUCGUCGUCGUCUCCUUCAGCCUCUUGCAGUAAACCCCUCAUACGUCUUGGGUAGAUCUAGACACCGAUAUGGCCUGGACCCUUUACUCGAAUCCGAUCAGAGUACCCGACCGUUUACCAAAAGCGAUCGGUGACAGCGGCAUCUAGUCUGGCUAGACGAUAGAAUCUGGUUUAGGGGGACUCGUAAGUUCUCUUUCAGACUGAGACAUAGUGUCUUGAAGUUAAAUGAACCGGAGGAUGUGGCUUGCGCUUCAAAGAAACUGAGGAGUUUUCACCCCCAAAGCCCCGUGUUGCUGAAUGCGGUAAACCUGCCGGGACUCGACUGCAGCUGUGCAAUCCCCAUGGUACCGACUCCCGAGGGAGACUCCUGAAGAAUGAGAAUGGAAUGAGAUAUAUCUACAUCCUCGAAACCCUGGUCUAUGCGGGUUUCCUUUUUACUCUCCCAUCUUCAAGUCACCACUUGGAACACUCUCCUUGAUUGCAUCCUUUUCUGCUCUUCUUCAGCUUCUCGACACUCCUAUUUUCCCGGGUAUCAUCAAUCUCAGUCUUCAGCUCAGUGGCAGGAACCAUCCUUCCAUUCAGCCAGUCAUUCCUUACGACGACUUUACUUCGACCAGAAAGAUCCCGGCGAUUUCGACAUAUCCGAAGCCCCCAAUUCCCACAUCUCAAACCACCGCCAUGCACUUCUCAUCCAGCGCAACCUUCGCCUUGGGGCUGAUGGCCACGCAAGCCGCGGCGAGGGGCAUCGUCAAGGUGCCAAAGUUCAACGUAGCAGCCGGAACCCCGACCUACACGACCACUCUCACCGCCCCCUUGACGCCUGUUCCCACGAUCUACGCGCAGGCGACGGUGACCUCGUCAUCGACCUCGUCCUCGGCGACUGCCACCCCAACUGCCUCCUCCAACUCGACCCUGAGCGCCGACUUGCAGAGAGCCCUCGACCUCCACAACAUCUACCGCGCCGCCGUUGGCAACGCCAACUUGACCUGGGAUGACGACUUGGCCGCGAGCGCUCAGGUCUGGGCCAACCACUUGACGACUGUCGGCAGCCUGGUCCAUGACUCGAACCCCGGCGGCCAGGGAGAAAACUUGGCUUCGCAGUCGGGCGGCACCACCACCUACUUCACCAACGGUGUUCAGCUGUGGUUGGAUGAGAAGCCGUUGUACGAUGGACAGCCCAUCCGCACCACUGGAUCGCCCAACUACUUGAACUAUGGUCACUACACUCAAGCCAUUUGGAAGAACACCCAAAAGGUCGGCUUGGCCAUGGCCACCGACUCCAAGGGUACCACCUUCGUGGUUGGACGUUACUUGCCUCCUGGAAACUACAUCGGCCAGCUGCCCUACUAAGCAUGGAAGGAUGGACUACCAGUGUUGUUUGAGAUGUUUUAAUCAACACCGUUGGCUGGGCUUGGCUUUUCUUUCGAUUCUAGACCGCUUCUCCUUCACUAAGUUGCUUAUGCUCAUGGCAAGAUCUCCAUGCCUUGGACCACUUCACUGCACAUAGAUUGUACAGUUUCCGUUCAGAAUCUUCAACAAUUCGAGAGAAAUGAAAAAAGCUUAGACACAAUACCGAGCAAUCAAUGAAUCAACCUCUGCC